GCUGGCGCGUGCGCACUGGGCGGCUAUUUUGGCGGGCGUUGCGCAGAAGCGGCGGCUGCGAGAGGGUCCAACCCAGGGAAGGGGGAGUUGGUUCCGUCUCGAGUCCGUUACUUUCUCCAGGAAUUGGGUAGCCUUGGUGCGUUAGGUGCAACUUCCGCGCUAUGGGCAAGAGAAACAAGAGGACAGCAGAUAGUUCGUCCUCUGAAGAGGAGGAGGAAUAUGUUGUGGAGAAGGUUCUAGACAGGCGUGUUGUGAAGGGUCAAGUGGAGUAUCUUCUCAAGUGGAAAGGAUUCUCUGAGGAGCAUAAUACUUGGGAGCCUGAGAAGAACCUAGACUGCCCUGAACUGAUUUCUGAGUUUAUGAAAAAAUAUAAAAAAAUGAAAGAAGGUGAAAACAAACCCCGGGAGAAAUCGGAGAGUGCCAAGCGAAAAUCGAGUCUCGCCAAUAAUACUGAGGACCUCAAAGCCAAAAAGAAGAGGGAGAGCACCGAUAUCGCCAGGGGCUUUGAAAGAGGAUUGGAGCCGGAAAAGAUCAUCGGAGCCACAGACUCCUGUGGCGAUUUAAUGUUCCUCAUGAAAUGGAAAGACACGGAUGAGGCUGACCUGGUCCUUGCCAAAGAAGCCAAUGUGAAGUGCCCUCAGAUCGUGAUAGCGUUUUAUGAAGAGAGAUUGACCUGGCACGCGUACCCGGAAGACGCCGAGAACAAAGAGCGGGAGGCGGUGAAGAGCUAAAGUGACCGGGGAUCUUCUGUCCAUCCAUAGUUGUACAUAUUCCACCCCCCUCUCUUCCCCCUCAGCCCAAACGCAUCCAUGAAAAUGUGCUUAUUACUGUGCUCCGCAGGCGAAACGUAGAUAUUGGUUGGUUUAGUCAUAACAUAAAU